GGGGCGGCGGGCGGGGUGGGGUGACGCGGACCCGCGCCCUCCCCUCAAGCCCGCCCUCCCUUCCUCCCGUCCUGCAGCCAAUUAGACGGCCCCCUCGGGCGGGAGGCGUGGGGCGCUCCAUAAAGCGGCGCGGAGCUGUCACCCCGCGAACAGGCUGUGCACCGCCCCGGCCGGAGCCGGCGCCGCAGACUCGGGCGCCUGGGGCCGGGGAGCGCGGAGGAGCCAUGGCCACCGCCAACGGGGCCGUGGAGAACGGGCAGCCGGACAGGAAACAGCCUGCCCUGCCGCGUCCCAUCCGCAACCUAGAGGUCAAGUUCACCAAGAUAUUCAUCAACAAUGAAUGGCAUGAAUCCAAGAGUGGAAAAAAGUUUGCCACGUAUAACCCUUCAACUCUAGAAAAAAUAUGUGAAGUAGAAGAAGGAGAUAAGCCCGACGUGGACAAGGCCGUGGAGGCUGCACGAGACGCCUUCCAGAGGGGCUCGCCAUGGCGCCGGCUGGACGCCCUGAGCCGCGGCCGGCUGCUGCACCAGCUGGCUGACCUCGUGGAGAGGGACCGCGCCGUCCUGGCGACCCUGGAAACAAUGGACACGGGGAAACCGUUCCUUCAUGCCUUUUUCAUCGACCUGGAAGGCUGUAUUAAAACCCUCCGAUACUUUGCAGGGUGGGCAGACAAAAUACAGGGCAGGACCAUCCCCACAGAUGACAACGUUGUGUGUUUCACGAGGCAUGAGCCCAUAGGUGUGUGUGGGGCCAUCACUCCUUGGAACUUCCCUCUGUUGAUGCUGGUGUGGAAACUGGCACCCGCUCUCUGCUGUGGGAACACUGUGGUCGUGAAGCCGGCCGAGCAGACUCCUCUUACUGCCCUUUAUCUGGGCUCUCUGGUCAAAGAGGUCGGAUUCCCUCCAGGCGUGGUCAACAUUGUGCCAGGAUUUGGGCCAACAGUAGGAGCAGCAAUUUCUUCACACCCUCAGAUCAACAAGAUAGCCUUCACUGGGUCCACAGAGGUCGGAAAACUGGUUAAAGAAGCCGCCUCCCGGAGCAACUUGAAGAGGGUGACCCUGGAGCUUGGGGGGAAAAACCCCUGUAUUGUGUGUGCAGAUGCUGACUUGGACUUGGCAGUGGAGUGUGCCCAUCAGGGAGUUUUCUUCAAUCAAGGCCAGUGUUGCACGGCCGCCUCCAGGGUGUUCGUGGAGGAGCCAGUCUACACCGAGUUUGUCAGGCGGAGCGUGGAGUACGCCCAGAAGCGGCCCAUCGGAGACCCCUUUGAUGCCAGGACCGAACAGGGGCCCCAGAUUGACCAAAAGCAGUUCAACAAAAUCCUCAACCUGAUUGAGAGUGGGAAGAAGGAGGGAGCCAGGCUGGAAUGUGGAGGCUCAGCUCUGGAAGACAGGGGGCUCUUUAUCAAGCCCACUGUCUUCUCUGAAGUCACUGACACCAUGCGGAUCGCCAAGGAGGAGAUUUUUGGACCGGUGCAGCCGAUACUGAAGUUCAAAAAUAUUGAAGAAGUGAUCAAAAGAGCAAAUAGCCUUGAAUAUGGACUCACAGCAGCUGUGUUUACAAAAAACCUCGAUAAAGCGCUGAAGCUGGCUUCCGCGUUAGAGUCGGGGACUGUCUGGAUCAACUGCUACAACGCCAUCUACGCGCAGGCCCCAUUUGGUGGCUUUAAAAUGUCAGGAAAUGGCAGAGAACUAGGUGAGUAUGCGCUGGCAGAGUACAUGGAAGUGAAGACCGUCACCAUCAAACUCGAUGACCGGAAUCCCUGAGGGAAAGAUGAGCUCCUCCUUUGAACAUCUGACAGCUGAAUGUGGCAGAUUAAACUUGCCAAAGAAAAAAACUACAUUUCUGACCUUCCUGGGAUGUUUUCUUCUGGAGACUUUAAAUCUACUGGAUUUGAACCAUCUCUCGUUUCCUCUCACACUCCUGUUCCAUUCACCGAUAUGUUGUAUGUAAAACUGCAGCCCUGUCUGGUGAUGGAACCACUGGCUAUUUCUGUUUUCCCCUUUGUCCAGGUCCCAGGGGACAGUGAAGAGGCUCAGGGUGUUGCCAAGAGGAAGUGGUGGUUAGAGUAGCCAGCAAUCACUUAAAAAAUGUGUUGCUGACUCCGACUCCAGUAAGAACUUGGAAAAAACUCCCUCCAUGUUCUGCAAACAGGGCCCUGAAAAAAAAAAGGAAGCAAGCAAAAGGAUUGUGAGGCUCCAAUGUGGGGAGCUUUGGGGAAGCAAGUACCCAGGGUGGUCCUAAAAGCCUUGGGUGUGAAUGGACAUGGGUCUUCAAGUACUGCAUCUUGACCUUGACCAUGGGAGUCUGCUUAAAACUAAUACUUUCUUUGGAAUAUGACUAAGUCAACAGCCCAAAGAGUUUAUCUAGAACUAUGUCAUCAUCUGUCUUAACCAAGGUACUUUCUUAGGCAGAAAAUAUUGCUAGUGUCACCAUCACUGCUAAGGAUGCAGCACUCUGACACUACAACAGCACAGCAAAUCCUAGAUCAUUAAAUUCUGCAUUUUACAAAUUAUGCAUUUCUAUUAUUCACAUUAGUGGUUUAUGAUAAGCCUGUUGUUUUUCUUUCUUCAGUUUGGUUAGCCAUUAUAGAUUAGUAAAACACACACAACUGGGAAAGACUGCUGUUAUAAAACAGUCCCGGUUUUUUAAAGCCCUAUUUUGAUAUUAAUAGAUGAUUGAUUGACAAAUAACACCUGGCCUCCAUGGAGGAGCUGAGUCUCCCACAAAGUGGUCUGAGUACUGCACUAAUAGGUUGUGAAUUGUUCUUUUCCCCUCAGUGAAUGCAGAUGAUGUGCAAUUCCAAGUUUCAACUUUGGAAAACUGAAGGUGUUCCCAUGUAGCUUUAAAAACACAAAAUCAAACUUGACUGUGUUAUUGGAUUCUUUUACUAAGUAGUACUUUUCUAAUGGUGCUUAUGUUUGAGAAUUAAAUUGGGGAGGGCAAUAAUCAAAUGAAGGUCUAGGACAAAAUCAGUGUAUGUAUAAGAAAAGUCAUCUAUGAAAUGAGGUUAUCAUUCUUUUCAGAAAUAUACAAGACACAAUUCACUUUCUUCUCUACAUCAGUUAACACUUGUCACUUAUACUAUUGGUAAUUUGUUAAGUCAGGAUUUGGCUUCAUACACUGAAUUUUCAGGAUUUUAUCUCAAGCCCUAUAAACGCUAAUCUCAAUAGUAAUACAUUAAAGGGUUCUUAUUCUUUAAUUGUAUAAUAAUGCCUUUAAUAUGAAAUAUUACCUUAUUUAUAAUUGGUAUGAUUAAUGUAUCUUUUUAUAGUUGUAAGUAAACAGAGGUGGUAUAUUUAACCUUCUGUAAUAUACUGUAUUUAGAAAUGGAAAUCUGUAUAGUAUUAGAUUUCACUUAUUUUAAGGUUUACUCCUGUGGGAUGGUCUAAAAAUCUGUUGGCCUGGGAAUUCUGAUGCUAACUACAGAUUGUGUUCAACAGUGCAACAAUGACAAAAUAAAAUUGGAUAUUUGAGAA